AUGGCACCGUGCCCUCAAUGUCACGUCUCAUUGACCUACCCCAAUUUCGACUUCGUCGUCGAUCUGCGCAAGCGCCUCAACGCUGUCCACUGGCCCCUGAUCGGAAGCCCAGGGGCUCAACACCCCCGGGGACCACCCCUCGACGUUGAAAGUUGCCAAAUUGAAGUAAACAGUUUCAAAUACCUGCCCACUGGACAGAGUAAGCACGAUAUCGUCUCACAAAUUAAUGUUGCUCGCAGUGGUUUCAAAAUGUCGCUUCAGCGCAACAUCGCCAGUGUCACGAUUCGUGUGUACCGAGCAUUCUUCUAA